GGGUAUGAUGCACGAUCGUGUACUUUUACUCUGUCUGUAAGACAUACAUACAUGGCAAAAAUAAGCUGAAAACUACUGGAAGUUGCCACUUAUCAAAUAUCUUUCACUCGUACAUGCCACACUCUUUUUAUCGCUUCGGUUGGUUAACAAUUAUUAUAAGGAAUUGGCAAAAUAUUAGAGUGCUUAAAAUUUCGACAUUCUUACUUUGCAUUCCAUAUUCAUUUGCUGGAGGUGCAUUUGACAAGAAAUCUUUGAGUAAGAUCUGCCGUUGAUCUGAAGUGUUUAGCGCUCCAACCAAUCCAACCCAUGAGUAAAUUCUUUGGACUUGAGAGGUGAUUUUCCAGUCUUCACUUGCAGAACAUCCGCCCUUCAGUUGCACCCAACCAAGGAGUCCCUCACAAAUGGAACUAAUAAUAAUGGAGAGAAAGCGUGAGUUUGACUCAAGUCGGUUUCUCUAAUCUCCAGUGAUUUCCCCACGAACCCACACAACACCAGCACCACCAGCACCAGACGACGACCCGUUCACUUGCAGAAAGGAAAUCAAAAUCAAAAGAAGGGACGAGAAUUCAAUUUGUUGGCUGAGUCGAGGCAAGUGUACCACACAAAACCACCGUUCUCUCUCGAAUCUUGACUAUUAAACCAACCCAUCGGUCUCGUCGUUCCCUUCUUGCUUUCUAUUUUACCUUCCAUUCAACUCCAUCAUCUUUGGUAUAAAAAGCCGUCUGGACAUUAUGGAUUCCACUUACACUCAUUUUCGAAUCCAUCCAGAACAAGUUCCCCUCCAUCAUCAGCAUCACCACCAGCAUCAUAAUCACCGAUUUGAUAACUGCUCCUCAACUACUGCCAACAUUGAGUACGACAUUGAGGAAGAGGAACAAUAUUGUCUUCCAAGUCAACAUCAGCAGAUUUUACUUCAACGACACCACCUUCACGACGACGAGAAUUGUGGUGAAAGCCAUCAUCGAAAUUUAGUUCAUCCUUUAAGUGGGGCAAAUCAACACCACCUUCACCAUCAGCAGGAACUCACAACUCUCGCUUCGCCUCCUAUUCGAGACAAGGGCAUCGUCAUGCAACAGCAACAAUAUUCUUCAAACAGUGGACCACGUUCAGGUCAAGAUCAUUGUCACAACCAGACCAGAAGUUCCAUGGGCCAGCAGCACGAACUCAUUGACGAAAUGGAGCACGAAGAAGACGAGCUGCCUGCAUGUGCAUAUGCAGGUUCUGGGGGUAAUGCUGGACAAUCGACUUCAGGAAGGCCGGAGUUAUCGGCUGGAGGACAUCAGUUUGGGUUGACAGAUGAGACCUCGGGUGGUGGAAAUCAAAAUGAGCAGCCGUACUACCCCCGACAACACCCUUACAAGGUGCAACGGCAAAAUGCCAAUGUACGAGAGAGAAAGCGAAUGCAGAGGUCUGUUCCAAGCAUAAAUUCCGCCUUUGAUUCGCUGCGUGUUCACGUUCCAACUUUCCCUUAUGAAAAGCGGCUUUCAAAAAUCGACACGUUAAGACUUGCUAUCGCCUACAUUGCCCUGUUACGUGAGGUUUUGAUAUCCAAGUAUGACCCUUUGACCUAUGUGGAAAAAUGUCUAAAGGGCGAACUAAAGUGUGAAGGGGCCUCCAUGUGGAACACGAGUGAUCUCACAGCGAGACUAUCAUGGAUAAACUGGGAAAAUUUGGGAGUCAAUCCCACAAGAAGAAGUUCCUUAACUUCACUCACUAUGUCUCCCGACAUGUAAUUAAUCCUACUUUUGUCAAUUUAUUUUUCAGUAUACGUUUACCUAGUUAUUUAGAUGUUAUGCAAUAAUGGUAGUGUCCAAAUUUAAUACAUAUACCGAGUUAGAAGGACUAAAAGUGAAAAUAUUGUCUUACAGUGCCCCGAUAACAUUUACCAAAGGUUUCAAAUACAAUGAUUCAAUGAAUAUUAUAUUCUCUAGCAAUUUUAGGUAAUUUUAACGUGAUACAAACUUUAUGGUGUCAUUUAAGUGUAGCAUAAUUCAUACUACUUUGAAAAUACAAUGUAUGUAUGUCGUUGGUACAAUACAUACAUAUACACACAAAUUAGACGACGCAACUUUCACCAGCUCUCACUCUACCCCAAAUGUAACUUUCCUUUCUUAUUUUUAUUCGUUGAUCUCUUAUUAACACGACUUUUUUAUUCAUAUACACUAAGCUUAACGUUAUGCAAUUUUAGAUCGCCUUACAGUUGUAGUACCUUGAGUUCCAUAGUCACGUGAUAUUUUGCUUCUGCAUGAAUAUUUCAAGAGGGUUUAGAACAUUGAUAUUCAAGCUCUAAAUUAAAUUGGCGAGACUCACCCUCGUGACCAUGUCGUUCUUCUCUUGAAACUCAACAAUAAUAAGAUGAGCCCAAGAAGUAAGAC